AUGAUUAACGGUGAUGAGAGUUUUACUGACACCAAACCUGUAGUGGUCGCAUCGCCGUCGCUAAAGGCUCCUAGUUUCUGCCCCGAACGUGUCAAUUUAUGGUUCGCACAGCUAGAGGCACAGUUCCAGAUCCACAACAUCAUCACCGAAAUUUAUAGGUUCAGUUAUGCCGUGUCACUCAUCGAUACACGCUACGCCGUUGAGGUUGAAACACUUAUUAUCAAACCUCCCUCAAACAAUCCCUACUCUGAGCUCAAAAAGGUUUUGACCAGCUGUUUUACGAAGUCCGAGGAGGCUAAACUUCGCCAACUACUUGAUGGUGAACAGAUAGGCGACAGAACACCAUCAAAAUUCCUGAGGCACCUGAAAGCACUCGCGCCUAAUGUCGACGAAGCAGUGGUUAAAACAAAAUGGUUAUCCGGGUUGCCCGAGCAAACGCGCGCUCUUCUCGCCGUCCAGACGAACGCUUCACUAGAGGAGCAAUCACGCAUGGCCGACAAGUUGCAUGAAAUCGUACAAGGGCGUGUAGCAGCCAUGCAGACACAACCGUCAACGAUGCACUCAGCCAUGGAGGAGAAAAUUAACGCGCUAAGCCAGCAAAUUGACGCACUCUCUAAGCAAUUUAACCAGCACCGAGGAAGGUCAACUUCUCGCAACCACCAUCGUGCCAAGAAUCGCAGCCCUUCAGGGAAACGCCAGCUAGAAUCACUAGAGGCGGAUAGUGAUUCUGCAACUUCCUCACGCCGUCUAUUCGUUAAAGAUCGAGUCACUAGAACACAGUAUCUCGUGGACACUGGCUCGAAUCUCUCCGUUUAUCCGCGUGACCUAUUAAAUAAAGCGUCUUGUAACCCUAUCGGUUACCAACUCUACGCAGCUAAUGGAACGCUUAUCCAGACGUAUGGGCUUAUCACAUUAGUACCCGAUCUCGGACUUAGACGUGACUUUACUUGGCGAUUUAUCGUCGCCGAUGUCACUAAGCCAAUCAUCGGUGCCGACUUUCUUAGUCAUUUUGACUUGUUAGUCGAUUUGAAGCGUAAAUGCCUGCGCGACGGGAUUACCAACUUAACAAGCAAAAUUAUGCUGCUGAACACUAAAUCAGCCGAAUCCAUCAAGGCCAUCGGCGGCGAUUCGGUCUACAUUAGACUGAUUCGUGAGUACGAAGAUAUCACUAAACCUGAUACCAGUUAUUCUAGGACCAUAAAACACACGACGAUGCAUCACAUCAAAACGACUGACGGUCCACCGGUGAAGUGCAAAGCCCGCCGUCUGUGCCCUCAAAAACUAAAUAUCGCGCAAGCAGAGUAUAGGAAAAUGAUAAGUCUCGGAGUCUGUCAAACCUCUGAUAGUGCCUGGUCUUCGCCACUGCACCUUGUGCAGAAGAAGUCUGGCAAAUGGAGGCCAUGUGGUGAUUAUCGUCCCUUAAAUGCUCGAACGAUACCGGAUAACUACUCAUUGCGUUAUGUUGAAGACUUUGCUGCAAAUCUGCAUG